AUGGAUCACGUCGAGGAGAGGCUGUGUGAAGAGGUUUGCAGAUAUGUACAUAUCUACGACGCCAACUCCCCCAACUACAAAGACGCCCAGAUGACUGGCAAUUCGUGGAGAGAAAUCUCCCAGACGUUGGGAAUGGAUGUGGCGGAGUGCCAACCACGGUGGAAACUGGUGCGGUACAAAUUCGUGCGUCUGAAAAAUAAGAUGGUCGGACGAAGUGGGGAUGCCGGCGACGAACAGAAAGUGCCCGGGUUAUAA